ACCAGAAUAUUAAAAUGCAUGCCCUCUUCAUUUUCCUUUUCUUUGAAUUCUCUCUUCUAGUCUGUCUUCUUCUUCCCUUGAGCUCUCUGCAACUCGUUGUAGAUGUGAUCACCCGCCGACUGGUAAACACAUCUGCCCGUUGCUUGAAAGAAAUACAAGUUAGAGGAAGAAGAGAGGAAAAGAACAAGCCAACCAUGGCUCUUUCGAUCUGUUCAUGUCUACCUAGAUCCACCUAACUGGAUCCAGGGAGCAAAUAAGCUACCGGGGAAUGGCAGCGCGACGCCAUGAAGGUGAGAUGGUUCGCUCGAUUAGGUCUCCACCAAUGGCGGACCAAGCUCGGUUCGCAAAGGUUCCUCAGCCACAGCCAGGACUGAAGUGCCCGCGUUGCGACUCCACCAACACAAAAUUCUGCUACUUCAACAACUACUCCUUGGCACAGCCCCGCCAUUUCUGCAAGACAUGCCGGCGUUACUGGACUCACGGCGGCGCCCUCCGAAACAUCCCUGUCGGUGGUGGUUGCCGCCACAGCAAGCGGACCAAAUCCAGUGCUGGCAGCUCCUCGAAGUCCUCGACCGUGACCACCCAGGCCGGUGCCUCCUCCUCGUCCUCCGCGGCCGCAUCUUCGGCCAUAGGUGGUGCAAUCACGUCGAACAUCCCGCUCCUAUCGCAGCUGGCCUCGUUGCACCCUCUAGCAGACUUCGGAGCCACUAACUUCGGCAUGGGCUUAUCAGGCAUCCAAGCCGUAGACACAGUGGGCUAUCAGAUUGGCGGCGGCGGCAUCGAGUUGGAGACUUUGAGGCUCCAGCAAAUGCAUCAGUUUCCUUUAUUGGGAGGACCACAACUCCCACAGCCGCCGCCACCUGCAUCAAUUUCCGCGUUACACCCUUUCGUUAUCGAGGGCUGUGGAUUUCUAGGGGGACCAUUUACCAGGCAAGCUCAAGCGAAUCCGGCUGGUUCCGAGCUCCUAACGCAACUGGCUUCAGUGAACAUGGACAGUCAUCAACUGCUUAAUUCUCCAAGACAGUAUGUUGGUGUCGCUCACAAUGUUCAAUUCUGGACCGGCGGCGGUGGGGGAAGCAGCAACAGCAGUGAUGCCGGUGGAUGGGCGACCGAUCUUUCAGGAUUCAACUCUUCAUCUGGCAACAUCUUGUGAUUGCAUGGUUACUACGGUGACCUUAUAUCAUGGAAGCUUAUCUUUUUGGCAAUGGCUUCGGAAAGGGCGUACUUAGGCAGUAGAUCGUCUUCUUAUUUCAGGCUUAUUUGGAUUUCUUUUUUUCCCCAGUUUCGUGAUGUGUUUUGUCUUACACUAUGGUUAUAGAAAUUUGACGAUCGAGUCGUCGGAAAAUGAUA